AAAUCACCAAUCAUUCCAGUCUGAUCUUCAGAACUUUUAACCUCUCUCAGUUAGGUUUGAAAAAGACCCUCAAUUCAUCCGAAUAAAAGGGCACAACUCCCAGAUCUGCUUCGACUCUACUACCCAACGUCAACCCACUCAUCUCAUCUCAACGACCUGCUCUUCAGAGGCUUUCCAUCAUGGGUGACCGAACCGUCACCUCGGAAGUCAUCUCCGAGAUCACCGCUCGAGAGAAGGAGCUCACGAGCGAGAGCAAACCUGUGGCUAGUGGUCCCACGGCUCAAGCUCAGAAGCACGCCAACGAGCCUGUCACAGGAAAAGUUAUCUCCGACAUCACCCAGGGCGAAAAGCACGUUACUAGCCGUAAUGUGCCCGUCCACGGUGGUCCCGCCGCUCUCGCUCAGAGCAUUGCUACAUCCAAGACCAACCCGGUAUCCUCGCACACAGGCCGUCUAGACUCGGAGACCAUCUCGGCGAUUUCGUCCGCGGAGGCGGCAAUCACGGGUAAAGCUGAGCCCGUGAAAGGCGGCCCCACGGCACAAGCCCAGAGCCACGCCGGCGAGCCAAUCAACUCCCAGACCCUGCAUGACAUCACCGAGGGUGAGAAGCUGGUCACCGGCGGUGAACGCGUCAAGGGAGGACCCACCUCGACGGCUCAGAGUGAGUUGAGCAAGAGUCAGGGUCAGAACCAAUCUUAAGUUCAUGAUGGUGCGUUCAUGAUAUCGUAGGGAGAUGAAUUUCAACCCAUCUGCGAUGCCUGACCGCUUGUGAGGAUGAUAUGGUGGCUUGUACGAUAGCAAUAGAGGAUUAGAUGGGGCAAGUGGACACGGCUCACGAUGGAAGGUCAAAAAUCAUACCUCAUGUCUCUGUACAAUUAGCCUGCUUAGCCGCUCUUUGACUUUGGUGACAUAGACAUUCACUCACCGAAAAGGAAGAAAAAAGCUUUUGUUCUUCUAAUGCGAUGUUUCCCCCGAAGUAGCGGGCAAUUGAUCAGAACGAAUAAAUCAGCGUAG